GCAUGCAUUACCACCUUACCUUCUUUGCUUUUAUUAUCUUAUCUCUUUGUAUCCAAUAAUGGCUCCUUCUCUGCGGUUCCUUUUGUUUCUUUCAGCAACCUUGUUCUUUAUGCAGACUCUGGCAGAGGCUGCAACAUGUAGCGACUGUUUCAUUCAUUCUCGGGCAGCUUACUAUCCAAAUUCUGAUGAAAAUGGAACUGAUACUGGCAGAUGUGGAUAUGGUUCAUUUGGAGCAACACUGAAUGGUGGGGAUGUAGCAGCCGCAUCUGACCUCUACCGUGAUGGUGUCGGUUGUGGUGCUUGCUAUCAGGUAAGGUGCACCAACAGUUACUAUUGCACUGACAACGGAGUGACCAUUGUUAUAACUGACCAAGGAUCAAGUGAUAAUACCGACUUUAUUCUCAGCAGACGAGCCUUCGGUCGGAUGGCUCAAACCACAGAUGCAGCUGCAUCUUUAUUAGCCCUUGGAGUAGUUGAUAUUGAAUAUAGACGUGUUUCAUGCAGCUAUCCAUACAAAAAUAUAACCAUCAAAAUCGACGAGAACAGCAACUAUCCUUAUUAUCUGGGUUUUGUCAUUUGGUAUCAACAAGGAAGAAGCGAUAUUACUGCUGUUCAGCUAUGCGAGACGCAAAAUUUUGUAUGCAAGCUCUUGGACAGAAGCUACGGAUCUGUAUGGACAACUACCUCUCCCCCCAGUGGACCCUUGUCACUAAGAAUGUUAUUCAGUGAUGAAAAUGGAGAUGAGACAUGGGUAGUUCCAGUCAACAACAUACCUAAUGACUGGAAAGCUGGAGAAACAUAUGAUACAGGAGUACAAGUAAACUUAUGAAGUCAUGGGAAGCAGAUAAAUCUAUCCAAAUAAGCCCGCUGCACUUCGUUUAUUUAUUAUUUAUCCUUUAUUUUUGUACACGGGUAUAGGGUCUAAGAAACUCACGAAAGUAAUCAUUUUAAUGUUGACUAUAAAAAUUCCUGGUAUACUAAUAAAAUUUGAUUUCUUAUAA